UCCUCCCCCAUAGGUCCUUAUCAUCACGGCGACCUCAGCUCGCUCCCGCUCUCCCCUCCGCACGAACACGGCGCGCUCGACCUAAUCAGUCUCCCGAGGCCCUACCGUUCUUCCUCGGGCAGUAGCACAGAACCGGAUCUACUCGCUCACAUCGUAUAUAUAAUCUGCACCCGAGUCCACCACACGUCAACGCGUAACGCGACACGAUGCACCCGAACACCGCCUCCGAGGACGUGAAGACCCCGCUCGACAAGCGCUCCUUAUCUGACGAGGGCCCUCCCGAAUACAACAGCCUCCCUAACGAGCAGGGAGCAACUGCAACAGCACCACGGGAACGCCCGCCGAUUGUAUACGACUCGAUCCCCGACUUCUUCGCGAGCGUCUGGCGCCGUUUCGCGAGCCUGUGGACGCGUCGCUUCGUGCUCAGCCUGUUGGCAGGCCAGGUGGUGUCGCUCUGUAUCACCUGCACGAACGUGACCACGACGGAGCUCGUCAGUCGGAACUGGAGCUUGCCCACGACGCAGACGUUCUUCUUGUACUUCUCCCUGCUAUGCGUGUAUACGCCAUAUACGAUGUACAAAUAUGGCUUGAAGGGAUGGGCGAACAUGGUGUUCCGCGAUGGCUGGAAAUACUUCUUCCUCGCCGCUUGCGAUGUCGAAGGCAACUUCCUCGUCGUUAAAGCGUACGAAUACACGACCCUGCUCUCCUGCAUGCUUCUUGACGCAUGGGCGAUCCCGGUCUGCCUGUUCUUCUGCUGGGUGUAUAUGCGGACGAAGUACCACUACACCCAAAUCAUCGGUGUGCUGAUCUGCGUCGCCGGCCUCGGCAUGCUCGUCGCUUCCGACCAUCUUACCGAUAAGGACUACUCCGCGCUCAAUAUGGCCAAGGGCGAUGUCUUCAUGAUCGUCGGCGCGACGCUGUACGGCUUCACCAACGCGACGGAGGAGUUUUUCGUGCGCAAGCGCCCGCUGUACGAGGUCGUCGGCCAGAUGGGCCUCUGGGGCACGCUCAUCAACGGGAUCCAGGCGGCCGGCCUGGAGCACAAGGACAUGACGAAAGCCAGCUGGAACGGAAUGACCAUCGGCUUGUUGAUCGCAUAUACGGCCGCGAUGUUCAUCCUCUACACCGUCGCGCCGCUCCUGUACCGCAUGGCCUCGUCGGCGUACUACAACCUCAGCUUGCUUUCCAGCGAUUUUUACGGACUGCUCUUCGGCCUGUUCCUGUUCCAUUACAAGCCUUACUGGCUGUACUUCAUCGCCUUUGCCGUCGUCAUCGUUGGGCUCGUUGUUUAUUUCUGGCAUUCGACGCCCGAGGAGCAAGGCGAGCUCGACAUCCAGGCGCCGGAAUACGUCCAGCGCAGGCAGGGCCUUGUGGCCGAUGCCAACACAUCUACUGUCUAAAAUGUCAUGAAUAUCAAUCGACCAGUUCAUGUAUUCUCUCUGCCUCAUUGCUGGUGUUGUAAUGUUCUGUUAGCGUCUUCUUUGCUACGAUUGCUGGGUUUUUGUUGGGAAUGAGGUACACGCGCGCGAUGGUUAGACCGC